UGCAUUUAAAUGUAAACUGUAUAAUGAAAUUUCUGUUUCAAAGAGAUUUUCUUCAUCGCCCAAUCAAAGCAGACGUUUUGGACUUGUUCAAGAUGACACUAGUUCUGGUUCUUGUCGUCUGCCUGGCCGUACAGGCCCUCGCUCUGCCUGGUUUCCCCGGCAAGAGAAGCAACAAAGAGUCAGUGAGUGUGGAGAACUUUGACUCGCGCUCUCUGGAGUCAGUCAGUGUGGAAGACUUUAAUUCACGCUCUCUGGAGUCAGUCAGUGUGGAAGACUUAGAAAGUGUGGAUAAACGCAGAUCUCAAGAAAGUGUGGAUAAACGCAGCUCUGAAGAAAGUUUGGAUAACAGCAGCACAGAGGAUACGCCCCUAGUGAUGCAUUAAGGGUUGAGCUUUACUUCAGGAUAAAGAGAGGAUAUAUGAGAAUAGAUGGAGAUAGAUUAAGAUAUUGUAAAAUAAACAACGGCUAAAUAGAUCACCUGGAAACAA